AUGCUGCGGAACCUCGUGCGUGAAAGGGUUGAUGAGCUGUGGAAGAAGGUCUUCAUGACGAAGGAGAUAGCAUACUCCGAAGACCCCUCGACCAUGAAUGAGAAAUACGAUGAAGAGCUUGCUCACCAUAAUAUCACCCGUGUGUCGUUUGACCUGGAUGCUGCAGAAGUUGGCACAAUGCCAUGUUUUCUCUUCAAGCCACCGCAACUGUCUGAGAUCAGGGAACAUCAGCCCUCAGACGGUAACUCAAUGGGCCCUCUGCGCAAGGAACCAAUCCUUGCAGAGUCAGACAUCAACCUCCUUUCCAGUCCGCAUCAGCCCUUAUUUCCCCCGACCUUCAGUGUGCCGAGGAACAAGAGGACUUGUGAUUUCAUCGACGGUCUCUGGAGAGAUAUUGUUGUCGAUCGCAACAUCGAGAUCUCCCAGGAGACAGAGGUUAGUCCUCCGGAGCUUGUAUCAAACGGUUUUAGUUUUAUUCUGAUGGACCUGGAGUCCUUGGAUACCCCCGAAGGGCGUUCAACGUCCUGGACCCUGCACGGUGUGCGACCGAGCCUGCCCUCAAGAUUCCGCUCCCUGGCCACGUUCUCUGGCCUUAAGCAAAUUCAUCUACCGAAUCCAUUUCUUCUUUCCAGUGGUCUUGAUGGAGAUCUUCCCGGAAAUGGCACAUAUACUACACGUACUAUCUUCGAGGCGACAUGCAAAAAUGGUCAUCCUACUCAGCCCCACGUCACAAUGAUGACGAGCCAGGACGUCAACGGCCGAGAGAACGCAGUACUUUAUGGUGAGUUGGCGUCAAUUAUUUCUGCCAUGCGGAACCAGGUCUUCCAACCUAAAGUCAAGGAACAUGAACAAGAAGCUUUUUUCGAGGGCGAGCCGUUUGCCUCUUUUGAAACCUUCGCCGAUGCACCGAAUGAAUUGUUUGCCCAUUUCUGGAUGAGCAAGCCAGAAGAACCGGAGAAGCUUGUCUUGAGAUCGAUGUCGAAGAACAUAGUCAAAUCAGCGGCCCCCUAUCGCCCUCCGCCCCCACAAGAACGACAGGUUGGCGAUGUUGGCAAUCGCCGUCGCAUGACCUUCCCUACUGAUCAUCAAGAUUCAGAGACCGUCAUCUGCCCCUACUGUGAGAGAAAAGGACACAUCGAGAUCACCUGCCAUUGGAAGAGGCUUGAUACAUUCUUAAUGGGCGCGCCGUGCUAUACCGAGAGGUCUUCGCAACAGAAGCCACAGAGUAACAGAGGAAAAGGCAACUGUGCUCGCCAGCGCGUAGCUCGGGCCCAGCGCCGUCGCAGAAACCUCGAAAACUGCGGCAAUCACCAGCAACAACGGCCAGAGGGAGGCAGCGAGAGACGUGCCCGUAACAGAAACAGACAGAGACAGCGCCGACGCUACUAUCAUGCAAACCCCCAGCUAGGUUCGUUGCCCGCGUCUACGAUUCAGUGGAACGAACGGCACCGCGUUUCCCGUGCUGCAUAUCGAGCAGCUGAGAACGGCGAGGGACAGGGACAGGGACAAAGGAACAUUGCCGACGCAGCGGCCCCCUCCGCUUCUUCUCCCCCUCAAGGCCACCAGCCCGGGGAUGACGGGUCGCCGUCGUGCCACCACGACGGCGACGGCACGAACCCCCCCACUGCCCACCAAGAUUCCGAGGCCAUCGUCUGCGCCUACUGUGAAAGAGAAGGGCACCUCGAGAUCAGCUGCCUCUGGAAGCAGUAUGACGAGUUUAUUAGAAGCCAGCCGCGCUAUGCCGAGCGGCUCCUGUCUCGGCCCCAGGAACGCCAGCAGGCCCAGCAUCCUCGAGGACGCAGCGAGCAAUGGCUAGCCCGCAGAAGGGAAAGGCAGGCGGAGCGACGUCGCGCCCAUCGCGCCAAUCCCGAGCUGGCUUUUUUGCCUCCAUCUACAGCUAUAAUGAACGAACGACGUCGCGCUGCCCUUGCUGCCCGUCGCGUCGAGAAUGAACAGAGAGAGGGAGAGGGAGAGGGAGAGGGACAGGGGCAGUGA